CUGAUGAAUUACCCGGGAUCGAGUGACGCAGCUGCAACAGAUGGUCAUAUAAAGCGUUGAAUUCCAACAACGCGUAUCUAACAUAGUACUACUCCCUAAACCGCGCGAUUCCCCCGUUGAUCUUGGGCCACUGUUGCAUUUAACAACGACUACUAUGGCUGAGAUAAAUGGUCCUUCUGUCCGGACCGCCGUCCCAGGACCGCUCACAAACAGCUCCAAGACAGAGCUGGACACCAUCUUCGAUGCCAGAACUGUGCAGAUGGUGAUCGACUAUGACAGAAGUUCUGGAAAUUAUUUAGUUGAUGUCGAUGGUAACACAUAUCUGGAUGUCUACGCCCAGAUCGCCUCGAUCCCUGUGGGAUAUAACAACCCUACAUUGAUCAAGGCAGCGCAGUCACCUGUCAUGGUCUCAGCCCUGGUUAAUCGCCCAGCGAUCGGAAAUUUUCCUUCUCAUCACUGGUUGAAUAUUCUGCGCGAAGGACUCAUGCGCGUGGCUCCACGCGGAUGCACGCAGGUCUUUACGGCGCAAUCGGGAUCGGAAGCCAACGAGCUGGCUUUCAAGGCCACUUUCAUGGCAUAUCAGCAACGAUUACGAGGCUCCACUCCAUGGUCUGAUCAUGAGCUAGAAUCUGUCAUGAAUAACCAGGGGCCCGGGACCCCCGAGUUGGCUAUUCUGAGCUUCAAAAACUCCUUCCACGGCCGAGGGUUCGCUAGUCUAUCCGCCACGCGCUCCAAGCCGGUGCACAAAAUGGAUAUUCCCGCGUUCAAAUGGCCGCAGGCCACUUUCCCUGCGCUCAAAUACCCAUUGGACGAGCAUGAGGAAGAGAACAAACAGGAAGAAGCGCGCUGUCUGCUGGAAAUCAAGCACAUUGUCGAUUCCUGGCACUGCCCUGUAGCCGGGAUCAUUGUGGAGCCGAUCCAAAGCGAGGGCGGCGACAAUCACGCCUCCCCGCAGUUUUUCCAGGAAUUGCAAGCCAUCACAAAGUCUCGCGGGAUGAGUCUUAUCGUCGAUGAGGUUCAGACUGGCUUUGGAGCCACGGGCAAGUUCUGGGCUCAUGAACAUUGGAAUCUGCCCUCCGCACCGGACCUCGUCACUUUCUCCAAGAAAGCGCAGACGGCGGGUUACUUUUUCAGUGACAGUAAUCUUCGACCGGAUAAGGCGUAUCGCCAGUUUAAUACCUGGAUGGGCGAUGCUGCCCGAGUCAUCAUGUCCAAUGCCGUGGUUGACGAGAUUCUCAGCAAGGAUCUAGUCUCAGAAACUGCCCGCAUUGGCAAUAUACUCUACGACAACAUCGCCUCCUUGGCCAGCCGGUAUCCGAACUUCAUCCUCAACCUCCGAGGCAAGGGCAAAGGCACCUACAUCGCGUUUGACACCCCUGAUUCUAGUGCCUUGCUGAAAGAGAUGCGGAGCUUGGGAAUCAAUAUCGGUAGUUGCGGUGUUUCGACUAUUCGUCUGCGCCCAAUGCUCAUCUUCAAGGAAUGUCAUAUCUCGCCCUUGCUUGAAGCCCUGGAGACCGCAUUCUUGAGAUUGCAGGGUUAG